AUGUUUGUCACAAGGCCACGUUCUCUUUACAGAAAUUUACCAGCUGCUGCCUUAACCCGGCCGCCAUCAGAAGCUCCAUCUUCCGGGUUCAUAGUGAUCAGUGAUGAGGAAUCUGAAGAGAUGGAUACUUUUUGUUGGGGAAUAUGCAAGAAUGACAGAAUCAAUAGGUUGCCUUUCCCGCAGGAUAGGUUCUUGAAGAUUGUCCACACCCAAGAUCGUGACCAAGAGGCAAGCAUUUCCAAGGUCUGGUUAUUACCAGUUCCAGAUCAGCCCUUGUCCUCCAACCGCUACUAUGUUAUUAGUGCGAAAGGUUAUCAUAAAGGGAAGGCGUACACAUGUUCUAAGGAGGAUGAUUUUGUAACGGCAUGCUGUUACAACAAUGUCAGAGAUGAUCCAAAGCCGAAGCCAUUUGAUCACAGGGAUGUAUAUCAGCAGUUUGAGAUUCGACACCAUAAAAAUGGUGGUUUUUAUGCUGUACCGGUAGCUUGGGAUGGUACUCCUCCAAAAUUCCUCAGAAAGGGUGGAUGGGAAGUUCACGUUGCUCAUUCCUUCAACCUCAGGCUGGGAGAAGCUCAAGGCCUUCGCGUCGCUUCUCUGUCACACGCUCCGGGAUUAGAUUUUCCCCUGUCUUCCAGGCGAUCGUCUCCUGUUGUUUUAGGCAAGUGGUUUUCCCCUUUUGUGUAUGUUAAAGAAAUGAGCACCAAAGUAAAAGAGCAAAUGAAAACUAGUCUGUUUUACGAGUUGACGUUGAAGCGAUGGUGGGAACAAAUUUUUUCAAGCGAAAAUGAUCUCAGAGGCGGAGGCGAAAACAGCAGCAAUGUGGUGGUUGUUAACGCUUGUGUCAAGAGGCUAACAACUUCAGUUUACGGGAUGGAAGCGGAGAAAGAAGACAGAUAUGAUGCCGAUGGUUUCAUCUAUUUCAGGGCCAAAGCCAGAGAUUUGAAGAAAGGAAACGUCGGUUUGAGUUCGGCCGUAUACGAAAAAAUCAAAUGGCUGCAAGACAAUCGAGGAUGGUUCGACAGUGGCGCCGGGAAAGACGUGGUUCGAGUGCGAGGCGAAAACGUGAUUCAUACCGAUAAGGGAUGGAGAAAGUUUGCAUCUUAUGUGUUGGUUGAGAGCUUCAUCCUGAGAAGAAUGGAUGGAAAUUUGGUCAUAAACUUUAAUUUCAGAAACACUGAUAGAGUUGAACACAAAUGUGAAUAA